AUGCAUAUCACCAAGCCCUUGAUUCUCAUCGCCUCCCUCCUGAGCGCAUCGUCGGCUCUCGCUGUUGGUGAUGCCAACACUGAACCCGACGUCGCCAAGGUGAAGCGCGACAUUGACACCCGCGAAGCCGAGGCUCUGUUCGACGUGCCGUUGGCCAAGCGGGCUUGUAAGAGCAACGGAUGCAAGUGUGCAAAGGUCAAGCAGGGGCAGUACUGCGGCAUGUGCGAUGCAGUUACCGUCGCCGGUACUGGAGGCAACUUCCAUACAGACAUAUAUGAGUGCAACCCCCAGGGCGGAUGCUGCUGGUAUGGCCCAUCGAGCACGUGCGCCGGCUCUGAUGCACAGGACAAGACACACUGCCCAAAUUAG